AUGGAUUUCAAAGCUCUCAAAGCUCUCAAAGAAACGAUCAGUAACCAAACCGACGUCGCAUUGGAGAUAACCAAGCAACUCCUUCAAACAGAAUUGAAGGACAAGAACAUGGUGUACUCGCCUCUAUCCAUCCAUAUCGUGCUUAGCAUGAUAGCCGCUGAUGAAACCGGUCCUUCUCUGGACCAGUUUCUAUCUGUCCUCAAGUCCAAGUCCACCGACGACCUCAACUCCCUCGCCUUCAACCUAGUCACGGCCGUUUUAGCCGAUGGCUCCGCCAGUUGUGGUCCAUGUUUGAACUUCGCCAAUGGUCUUUGGGUCCGCGAGCCUCAUUCUCUCGAAUCAUCUUACCAACAGGUUCUGUGCAAUUCUUACAAGGCCUCAAUUAAGCAAGUCACUAUGGGAACCAGUUCCGAGGAGGUGAGAACUGAAGUGAAUGCAUGGGUGAAGGAACAGACUCGCGGCUUCAUCCCUGAGAUUCUUCCUCCAGGCUCAGUGAAUGGGAUUCGCAUUAGUGCAAAUGCUUUAUACUUCAAAGCAACAUGGUACGAAGAGUACUUCCAUGAAUCAGAGACCAAAGAGGAUGUGUUUCACCUUCUGGGGGGAGACAUAGUCGAUAAAGUACCUUUCAUGACCAGCAGUGCUGAGCACUGUAUUACUGCCUUCGAAGGCUUCAAAGCCUUGAGACUUCCUUACCAAGCAAGUGAAGACUACAAGGAUUGCCGAUCCUUUUCUAUGUGGUUGCUUCUUCCAGAUGCAAUAGAUGGGCUGCCAGCUCUGGCGCAUAGAGUUUGUUCAGAGCCUGGGUUUAUAGAUGUUCACCUUAGAUCGUGGGAAAGUGUUGAGGUUGGUAAAUUCUUGAUCCCAAAGUUCAAGAUUUCUACUAGGUUUGAAGCCUCCGAUAUUCUGGGGAAACUAGGGCUGACGGCUCGUUCCUCGGAGAUGUAUCAUCAAGCCAUAAUUGAAGUUAAUGAAAAAGACACAACAGCUGCAGCUGCUACUGUUGAUGAUAUGUGUUGUGCUUUGUGUGAAGAUUAUAGGAUUAAAAAGAAAGAAGACUUUGUGGCGGAUCACCCAUUCAUGUUUCUCAUAAAGGAAGAUAGGACCGGAACGGUGCUGUUCAUGGGACAUGUGCUCAAUCCUCUUUGGUGA